CCCUCCUUAAACCCUACCCAGUGAUCACCAGGCUGAAGCCCAAUUCCUUCACUCAGCCGAUCAGUUGGUUUCGUCACGAGCACCGAUGGCGAAGCGUCUGGUUCCAGCGUUCAAUCGUAUUCUUGUGGAGAAGAUAGUGCCUCCGACGAAGACAAAUACUGGCAUCCUUCUUCCCGAGAAGAACAACAAGCUUAACUCUGGAAAAAUUGUGGCUAUUGGACCUGGGAUUCGAGAUAAAGAUGGGAAACAUAUCCCUCUUUCUUUGAAGGAAGGAGAUGUUGUUCUUUUGCCUGAGUAUGGUGGAACUGAAGUGAAGCUCGAAGAAAAAAGGGAUAUGGAUCCUGAGCAAAAUGUCACUGAUGACAUUGGGAAUAAAGAAAGGUUGGAGCUACCAACAAUGAACCCUGAGCCUAUUGUCACUGAAGGCAAUGUAGGUGAAGCAGGGAGGGCGUUACCUACAGUAGCAGAUCCUCUAGGAGAUGGCAACAACUCCACAAUGAGGUCAUUUGCUCAGAUGAUGGCAGUGAUGACUCAGAUGAUCAAGAAUUCCCAGACUCAGGCCAAUGGCAGUGGGAGUACUUCUAUGGAUAAGAACUUAAAGCUGUUUAUAGAUAUGAAACCUCCGUUGUUUUCAAGUGGUGAACCCUUAGAGGCUGAGAACUGGUUGAUGAGAAUAGAGAAGAUUAUGGAGGUCAUGUAUUGCCCUGAGGAUAAGAAGGUUACUCUUGCUGCUUAUGCCUUUGAUGGUGAAGCAGAAAGGUGGUGGCGGAGCCAGUUGCAAGAGACAUUUGGAGGGCAAUCCAGUAGUCAAGUCUCCUGGGGAGAGUUUGUGAAGGUAUUCAGAGACUGGUUUGUACCUAUGUCAUUCAGGAGACAAAUGCAAGAUAAGUUUAACAGACUUGUUCAAGGAGAUCGUUCUAUUUCACAGUAUGAGGCAGAGUUCACUAUGCUGUCUAGAUAUGCCCCUCACCUGAUACCAAAUGCUGAAGAAAAGUGCCACCGCUUCCUGUCUGGACUGAAGGAUAUAAUAAGGCAGCCUCUCAUACCUAUUGGGAUUGAAGACUAUUCCACUUUAGUGGAAAGAGCCCGAAUGAUUGAGAUGGACUUACAGGCGACUCAGAGGAGGAGGGACUUUCAUAAAAGAAAGAUUGAGGGCAGGUCAAAGCCCACUCAGUCUGCUCAAUCUUCUCAGUCUGGAGUGUCUACUUGGAAGAAGCCCAGACACAACAUUUCUAACAGCAGUGCUUCAGCUGCUACAAUAUGCAGCAAAUGUGGAAGGAUGCAUAAGGGAGAGUGCCUUUUUGGCACUAACACUUGCUACUGGUGCCAUCAGCCUGGACAUAUGACAAAGUCUUGCCAUCUUCUAGGACAAAAAUCUGCUAUAGAGACCAGGACAUACAAUAAUACUCAGAAGGUCAAUACUGAAUCAGUGGAUAUUUGAUCGGACUUAACCUUUGUAGAAGAACCUGAAAGGAUCAUAGAUUAUAGUGUGAAGCAACUACGAAACCAACAGAUCCCUUAUGUUAAAGUCUUAUGGAAACAUGAAUCUAAAAAGGAUGCAACUUGUGAGGAGUGAGAAGUGAGGGUGAUCCAUCCUCAUUUGUUUGGCUAAGUUACCACCUCUACAGAGAUGAUGACAUCCUGGGGACGCUUCAUGAAUAAGAGGCGUUGCAGAGUUCAAUAUUUCUUGUUCAAAAUUGAGUUCAGGUAGCCUUUUUAUGUUAUGUAAAAGUACAUCUUUUCCAUUGUAAAAGAUGGAAAUUGUUGUCAUUUUGGAUCUGCUGCUGGCAUAUUUUGCAAAUUUUCAUUUUAGAUGUUCUUCUGACUUGCAAAAAUUAUACUUUUUAUAGUAUCAUCAGACAAUUAAAUAUUUAUAA